CCUCGUUUUGCUUUGCUAGCUAUGGGAUAGUGAAAGCAAAUUGAGCGGCAUAUUUUUUACCCAGAAUAAAUUGGUAUCAUGGAAGGAUAAAGAGCUGAACGACUUCGGUUGUUCACCUCCUCCGCGACAUGUCUGCAGCAACGCUGAGAACCACUCCCAGCAAGCUGAAUGAGUUAGUCAGCAAAUUACACGAGUACUUGGCUCAUUCUACUGUUGAGGACAGCAAUGACGAACCAGAUGAUGCUGAUGGUAUGAUUAACAGGAGGUGUCCUGUGGGAAACUCAACAUGCCAAACUGUGACAGAGGCAGGAGUGGAUAGCAGAUACUCAAGGAGAAAACCAGCUGUUGUCAUAAAGCACUCUGGACUGGACGAAUCCGGGGACUCAGAUGCAACCGAGGACUUGGAUUUACCGGUCAACACAAAUGGUCACCCUGAUAUCAAUAGAUUGCCAAAAGGCACUGUGCUGGUGAGGCCUGAACCUGCUGAUAACGGAAGAGAUGACUUCAGGGGUCCUGAGUUUCGCAGCCGGAAAUCAGGCGUGCUGCGGAAAGACUUUACAAGAAGACGUGGAGGAGUUGAACACAUGGGAAUUGUCAGUUGCACCGCCUGUGGUCGACAAGUUAACCACUUCCAGAGAGAUUCUUUCUAUCGACACCCAGCUCUGAAAGUACUUAUCUGCAAGUCUUGCUACAAGUACUACUUAAGUGAUGACAUCAGUAAGGACGGAGAUGGGAUGGAUGAGCAAUGCAGAUGGUGUGCUGAAGGAGGCAACUUGAUCUGUUGUGACUACUGCAGUAAUGCCUUCUGCAAGAAGUGUAUUCUGAGAAAUUUGGGAAGGAAGGAGCUGUCUGGCAUCCUGGAAAGCAAAUGGUACUGCUAUGUGUGUAGCCCGGAGCCCCUUUUUGACCUGGUGAUGGCCUGUGACAGUGUCUUGGAGAACAUGGAGAAUCUAUGGUAUCACCAGCGCAAGAGGAACCGAAUUGAGCCGGAGAAAUCUGAACUUUACAACAUGAUGCCACAUUUACAACAAACACUUCCUUUGGAUAAAUGGGAUCACACUGGCAUGGAUGGUAAUGUGGUGUUCAACUACAACACACUACAGAUUUCCAAGGAUGUUACCAAAAAGGCCAAACAUUUAGUGGACUCAACAAACAUCUUGAACCGAACAUUUGUCAAUUUCAUUCAUACUGUGACGGCGAACAAACAAACACCAGCUGCUCGCAAACUAUACCUGAACUCUUUUUUGUCAGUAGUUAAAGGUUUACGAAAAUCCCUUGCAGCACUCGAGGAUAGCCUUAAGGAGGAAUUCAGUGACUUGGAUGUCAUGAGCUGUUGGGAAAAGUUCUUUAGUGAUGAUUUUGAUGCACAACCUGUAACAGAAGCAGACAUAGAGCCGGAUAUCACUGAUGAAACAUGCUUGAGGGACUUGCAGAAAUUGGCAGCUGAGCAUUUGGAAGGUUAUGAUUCUGACUCCAAGGGUGUCAUAGAUGGGAGAAUUGCACAUGCUUGUCCUGGGGAAGACAUGGGUUCAGUUUCACAUGAAGCCAGACAAAGGGCACAAAAGAUUGGCCUGAAGCCCUCUGAAAGCUCGGUCAACAUGACUAAAAAACUAGUAGUAAAACUUACACAUGUACCAAUGGAGCAGGAGCAAUCCCCUGAUGUCUCGAAGAUGGAGGAGGACAGACAGAUGGACAAUAAGAUGUCAAAGGAGAAGGAUGUGUCAGAUGAUGAAGAGACAAGUGUUGUAGGUGCUGCAGCUGACAGCAAGACGAGCAAUGACAGCUCUGGUGCAUCUCUACACCUAGACGAGGAACAAGGCAAUAGACGAUCUCCUCGCGUGAAGACAACACCGUUGCGUCGACAAAGUGACGUCAAGGGCAAAACGUCUCUCUCAGCGGCGGACAGUGAGAGUGACUCUGACCCUGAAGAAACCUCCAGCACAGUGCUAGCCAAAAACACUGAAGAGCAGAGCAGAGCAAGAGACGACUCAGACUCAGAUGAAGUCCCUGUAGCUCUGCUUGAGCGAGCUGCUAUGACACAUAGCUCUGACGAACACCAGAGUGAUGAGAAUAGUGGAAAAGCAUCAACCAAGGUGGCCAAGAAAUGUCUCUUUUGGCUCACUAAAAACACCCCGAUCUCACCGGAGAAGAUGCGCCGCAAACGCAAAAUUAUGGAAAGUUCCCCCGAGUCUGACUCAAGUAGCAGAAGAGUAAAAUCUCGAAGGCAAAGUGGGACAGAUUCCUCUAGUGAUGACCAAGAUGACUCACAGAAGAAAAUACAACACUUGAGUGCUCUCAUAGGGAUAGGGAAGUCACACCUCGUCAAAAGAGAGGAUGAAGGUGUGGCUGGACAGCAAAGUCGGAUGCAGGCCGGAAAGUCCAAGGCUAAAACUCGUCAGAAAGAAAUGGAAUCAUCAUCCUCAUCAAGUGAAGAUGACGAUGAUGAUGUCGACUCCGGGAGUGAAGGAAGUGAUCAGAAGAUGAAGCCAAUCACUGAAGAUGUGGCCUUACUGGGGGCAGCAGCAUUCCACCAAUCGUCGGGAGAUGAGGAGCAAUCUGGGCCCUCGUGGGCAGCAGACGACGACGAUGAUCCAGAAAAUAGAAUCGCUAAGAAAAUGCUAUUGGCCCAAAUCAAAGCCAACUACUCCUCGGGCGAUGAUAUCUCUUCGGAUGAGGAGACGCAGGAGGAUGAUUCUGAGUUGGAGGAAGAUGACAUGGUCAAACAAGGCAAUGAUGAUAAUGAAACGGAUGAAAAUGGGGAAGACUUGGACUCAGAAUCCUCCGACACCAUGGCUGAUGGGCCCAACUCUGGGCACCAUCUUCUCCGCCACAAGCUAUCUGUAGAUGAGGGAGCAUCGAGUGACAAGGCAGCAGCAGAGAGUGAAGUAGGACAGCAGGCGAGAAAGCGAAGAACCAGCAGCAGACAGCUGAGUUCGGAGGGUGAAAGUGAUGCUGAUGAUGGAAACGAGACAGGACCAGAGGAUGUUGGGAUGAGCGAGGAGCUGAGUGAGUCAGAGGAUGAUGCUGGUGAAGAUGGACUCAAAAGGUCCCGUAAAGUUAAGGAGAAACGCCGUAGUUAUGAACUGAAGAAACAAGUCCCCUGCAUUUGGUUGUCUGACUCCAACAGUGAAAAGAGUGAUAAAGAGGACACAGAUGGCGACAUUAUGGGCACCCCCAAAGGACGCAAAAAGAUCCGCAAAAUCAUUGAAGAUGAGAAUCUCCGUGCUGAGACCCAGGAAGCCCUCAGAGAGGAGGAGGAGAGAUGCAAACGUUUGGCAGAUCGAGAACAACAGAUGGAGGACAGGAGAGAGAUAAUUGUUAUCGGAGAUGAGUUAUCUCAAGUGAGGUGUCCUGUCACCACCAAGCUGGUCCUGGAUCAGGAUGAGGAGACCAAGGAGCCUCUUGUUCAGGUGCAGAGGGACUUGGUGAUGAGACUGAAGCCUCACCAGGUGGACGGUGUUCAGUUCAUUUGGGACAGUUGCUGUGAGUCUGUGAAGAAGGCCAACUCCUCUCCUGGAUCAGGCUGCAUACUGGCACACUGCAUGGGCCUGGGAAAGACUCUGCAGGUGGUCACUUUUCUCCACACGGUGCUGCUGGCAGAGAACCUAAAAUUCAGGACGGCCCUGGUCGUGUGUCCAUUAAACACUAUCCUCAACUGGGUCAACGAGUUCAAGAUAUGGCAAGAAAGCAUGGGAAAGGAUAAAGUCAAAGUCACAGAACUGGCUACAGUAAAGUAUCCUUCAGAACGACUCAGGGCUCUGCAGAGGUGGCAGAGAGACGGAGGGGUUAUGAUCAUGGGGUAUGAGAUGUACCGCAUCCUGUCACUCGCCCAGAAAAUCAAGGAUGAGGAGAGCAAGAAAGCCCUGAAGAGCAUACUGGUGGAUCCAGGUCCAGACUUUGUGGUGUGCGAUGAGGGACACAUCCUGCGCAACGAAGCAUCCAAUAUCUCCAAAUGUAUGAAUGCCAUCAAGACCCAACGAAGAGUGGUGCUCACCGGCACGCCUCUACAAAACAACCUGAUUGAGUAUCACUGCAUGGUCAGUUUCAUCAAGAAGAAUCUACUGGGCUCAAUAAGUGAAUUCCGAAACCGCUUUAUCAACCCCAUUCAGAACGGCCAGUGUGCCGACUCCACAGCAAAAGAUGUUCGACUCAUGAAGAGGCGAGCGCAUGUACUUCAUGCCAUGUUGGCUGGAUGUGUGCAGAGAAGAGAUUACUCAGAGUUGACUCAGUUUCUGCCUCCCAAGCACGAGUACGUGCUGGCAGUGAGAGUUUCCCCACAUCAGUAUAGCUUGUAUCGCUACUACCUGGACCACAUCACUGUUAUUGGCUCCGUGAGCAACAGAGCAAAGAUUGGAGCAAACGUGUUCAAGGACUUUCAGGUGCUCAGCCGAAUUUGGACUCAUCCCUGGUGCCUUCAGCUCAGCUACAUCAGCAAUAAAAACAAGAAUAAAAAUAAAGCAGCAGCUCCGCUGAGAGAGAAAGAAGCCGUUAUGGCUGAGAGUGGACUGAGACAGAACAAGGGAGAAGGUGGGAAGUGCAUCAACAGCAGUGCAGAGGGAAUUGAUGUUUCCGGCGGGGCUCCAGCAGUGGAAGGAGAGAAUGCACCUACCAACUCCAAGCCUCAGAAUCUGGAUGAGAACUGGUUCAAGCAUCUGCUAUCUGAAGAAGAUGCCGAAAUCAUGGAGCACUCGGGGAAGAUUGUGCUCUUGUUUGAGAUUCUCAGAAUGGCUGAAGACCUAGACGACAAAGUGCUUGUGUUCAGUCAGUCUUUGAUCUCAUUAAACCUGAUUGAGGAUUUCCUCAAGGCUUCACACCGGGCCAGAGACCCAUCAUCAUUCAAAGCGGGCAGCUGGAUUAAAAACGUAGAUUACUAUCGUCUCGAUGGUUCCACCAGUGCUCAGUUAAGGAAAAAAUGGGCAGAGGAGUUCAAUAAUCCCUGCAAUGUUCGCGGCAGAUUGUUUCUCAUCUCAACAAGAGCUGGCUCACUUGGCAUCAACCUGGUUGCUGCCAACAGGGUCGUCCUCUUUGAUGCCUCAUGGAAUCCCUCGUAUGACAUACAGAGCAUAUACAGGGUGUACCGCUUCGGUCAGCUCAAACAAGUGUUUGUGUACCGCCUCCUGGCUCAGGGCACCAUGGAGGAAAAGAUCUAUGAUCGCCAGGUGACCAAGCAGUCUUUGUCCUAUCGAGUGGUGGAUCAGCAGCAGAUUGAAAGGCACUUCACCCUCUCUGAACUGACUGAACUUUACAUAUUUGAGCCAGACCUGCUGGACAACCCAAACUCUAAGAAAAGCAAAAGAACCACCAAUGUUGUGCCAAAGGAUCGUAUCCUUGCACAGCUACUACAAACCUGUAAAGACCACAUAGUGUCUUUCCAUGAGCAUGAAUCUCUGCUGGACCAUAAACAAGAGGAGGAGCUCACUGAGGCAGAACGCAAAGAUGCCUGGGCUGAAUACGAGGCCGAGUCUUCCAGACUUCCAGCCAGCACGAGCCAGGACACCUUGGAGAGCAAGACCAAUGGACAGCUAGUGGCAAUGCUGAACAAGAGCAGAGCAAGUGUAGCGGCUGCUUUCAUGUCAACACAGGGGAUUGUGUCUUAUACUGUCGAGGACUACAUGUUACAAUUGCGGCAACAGUAUCCUCUCCUGACUGAGGCCAUGCUUAAGAGCAAAGCUGAGGUCUGGAAAGUGUGUGACCAGAAGGAGCAAGAACGUAGACAAGCUUUCUAUCAAGACAUUCUUUCACAGCAACAAAAACUCACACUCAGCAUUCAGGCCAUACUGAACAAUAGAAGGAAUCAAGCAAUGCAGAUGACUGUGAGCACUGUAACCCGGACUGGACAGACUUGAACAAGAAAAUCGUAUUUUAGCAGGUAAAGACGGUGAUGCCUUUCCUCUUCAUCACUGUGCUACCAGUGCUAUGAAUGUAUGUUUUACCAACAAAAAAAAAAAAAAGUAUUAAGCUCCCAUAUUAUCAAAGCAACUUGACAGCGGAGUAUAGUCAGAUGUUAACCUUACGAUUUCAAAUCACCGUAGUAAUGUUCAAACGCACUGACAGUUUGGAACACUCUGAGCACUUUAAUUUACACACGAUAGUUAAGUUGUACAAAUGUUUUUUUAUAGUUUGCGAGACCUGGAGGAUUGUUUAGCCACUUCGUUUCAAAACUACUUUUUUGGUUUACACACAGGCUUAGAGAACAUGCCUUACUAUUCAACCUCAUGUAUUUUAUUAUGAAAUAUGUUUAACUUUUUUUUUACGUUUGUUACCAGUUGUCAUAACUUUGUAAUAAAUUGACAAAAUAACA